AGUCACAACAAACACGAUCGACACGGUCGAUAUGGGUUCCGUCUCCUACGUCCUUGCGGCGGCCGUCCUGGCGGCGCUUGUCUCCGGCGGCGCGUGCAUCCCCAAGGUGCCGCCGGGCCCCAACAUCACCACCAACUACAACAACCAGUGGCUCUCAGCCAAGGCCACCUGGUACGGCAGGCCCACCGGCUCCGGCCCCAAAGACAACGGCGGCGCGUGCGGGAUCAAGGACGUGAACCUGGCUCCCUACAACGGCAUGAUCGCCUGCGGCAACGUCCCCAUCUUCAAGGACGGCAAGGGAUGCGGCUCCUGCUACGAGAUCAAGUGCCAGAAGCCGCCGCCGUGCUCCGACAAGCCCAUCACCAUCUUCAUCACCGACAAGAACUACGAGCCCAUCGCGCCGUACCACAUCGACCUCUCCGGCACGGCCUUCGGCGCCAUGGCCACGCCCGGGAAGGAGCAGACGCUCCGGUCGUUCGGGGAGCUCGAGCUGCAGUUCAGGAGGGUGCGCUGCAAGUACGCUCCCGGCACCAAGAUCACCUUCCAUGUCGAGAAGGGCUCCAACCCCAACUACCUGGCCGUGCUCGUUAAGUUCGUCUCCGACGAUGGCGACGUCGUGCAGAUGGACAUCCAGGAGAGCAAGUCGCCCGCGUGGAUACCGCUGACCUUGUCGUGGGGCGCCAUCUGGAGGUGGGACGGCGCCAAGCCGCUCAAGGGCCCCUUCUCCAUCCGCGUCACCAGCGAGUCCGGCAAGAAGCUCAUCGCCAAGGACGUCAUCCCCGCCAACUGGAAGGCCGACACCGUCUACACGUCAAAUGUCCAGUUCUAGAGCCUGCAACUCAAUGCCUCAGAUCCAUUUAGCCCAGUUCCAAUCCUCUUUUGUUUAGGCUUUCUUUUUGGCUAUUGCAUUUACUAGCCACAUAGCCUCAGUUUUUUUUACUAGCCACAUAAACUAAAAUCAUGUAGAUUCAUGUGCACGGCGUGCUUUUAUCUUGUUUAGGAUUCUAGUUUUGUACUCCAUAGGAUCCUACGAUUAUAUUUGUUCUUAUUUAGUUGAGUUUGAUCCAUUUCUUACCA